AUGUUUAAGAAGGUACUGGAGGCAAAGUCACGACAGAGACUGUCAGGGGCGGACCGUAAGAAGCUGAAACGUACAGUCAAAGAGCGUUUUCGCCAUAUUUCUGAUGCUGAUAUUGAUAUUUUACUGCCCCCAAAGGUAGAUGUAACUGUUUCAAAGUAUCCAAACCGAGUUCUUGUAUAUGGGUUGGAAGGUGAUUGUCCCCUCAUUUUUGAUAGCAAUGGGCGAGGCAUGGAAAUAUUCCCUACAGUUUAUGCUUUGUGGAAGGUUCAAGAUCUCUUACCUGCUUUUGUGCUUAAAGGGGGUGAGGUUUCUCGGUUUGUGCUUGGAGGCGCUGAUUUGAUGUUCCCUGGCAUCCAGAUACCAGCAGAGGGUCUUCCAUCAUUUUCAGCUGGUGAGCCAUGGGCAGUAAAAGUGCCUGGGAAUCCAGCUCCAAUAGCAGUAGGCACAACCACCAUGAGUAGCACAGAAGCAUUGAAAGCUGGUUUGCGUGGAAAGGCGUUAAAAAUAACUCAUUACUACCGUGAUACACUUUGGGAAUCAGCUGAAAAUUGUUAUGUUCCAAAUGCUGGUUUUUUAGAAGAUGUUGUGUUUGAGGAUCCGGCUUUAAUUUCUACUUCCCAAGCUUCUGAUUCACGUGAGGAUGAUGCAUUGGUUGGUCAAGGAAAAGCUAGCAACAAUGAAGAAAUCGAAGAUGCUCCUAACGUGAAAAACAUUCCUUCUAUUCUUGAUCCCACUUCUACAGAAGAAACUGUUGUCACAACUGACAUUACUGAACAAAGAGCAACAGCCAUGGGUGAUAUGCAGGUUGUGGAAAAUGCUUCAGAAGCUGAAUUAAAUGUGGACAAUCAGCAUUCAUUAUCUGUUGAGGAUGUAGACGCAAUUCUGGAAGGGUGCCUUUUGCAAGCCUUGCAUACAACAGUCUUGGAUAAAGAUCUUCCCUUGCCUGGAAGCACACUAUGGUCAGGUCAUGUGCUACCUUGCAGGCCUUCGGGCAUUACACUGGAUAUAAAAAAGUCUUCUUACAAGAAAUUGUCAAAGUGGCUACAAUCUAAAUCCUCUUCUGGACUGAUUUCAGUCAAAGAAGAUAAGCAUAAAAAAGAGGUGAUACUAUUUUCAGUUAACCGCAAUCACCAGGACUACGCAUCUUUCAAACCAGAGAAAAGGAAAUUGCAGCAGUCCGUGAGUGAUGUUGUCAGUGAAAGACAGUCAGAUAAAAUACUUGAUGUUGUGGAGGUUUAUAAGCCAAGUGUGCAUGUCAACCCUGUUUACGCUUCUGUAGGAGCAGACACUGGAAAAUUGUAUACUGCUUCAGAAGCCUCUCAGGUUGUCUUUGGAUAUGUUGAAAAAGAAAACCUCGUGAAACCAUCAAACAACUCCAUUGUGGUUCUAGAUGCAAUGCUAUGUGAUGCUUUAUUUAAGGGAGCUAUCAAAAAGGGUUCGAUGUACCCAACCGAAAUUCAUAAGAAGGAUUUAGGACACACUUUCAUCAAUCGAAUGCAAUCCCAUCACAGAGUGACCAGAGGAAGUGAUUCGGUUGUUCGCAAAGGUGCCCUGAAACCAAUUCAAAUAAUGACCGAACGAAGGCAAGGCAACAAAAAAGUGACUAAACUUUCAGGUGUGGAAUCAUUUUUGAUAGAUGCGGAGGCAUUGGCUUCGGAACUGCAGAAGAAGUUUGCUUGUAGUACUACAAUAGCUGAACUUCCUGGUAAGAAAGGGCUUGAAGUCCUGGUUCAAGGUGGCGUCAUUGAUGAUCUUGCGAGACAUCUGGUUGAACAAUAUGGGAUCCAGAAGAGAUACAUUGAAGUUCUUGACAAAACCAAAAAAUAA